CACGCCCCUCUCUCCCCUCCUCCCUGUCUACAUGGCUUGCCUCGUCGCCAUGGCGACGGCUUUGUGACUACCGCGGCCUACUAGGCCUCACUUGAAUCCCCGGCCUCGCUUGAGUUGUCCAAGCCGGCAGGGUGUGCUCUUGCUUCCGCCAUGGCCACGCGCAGCGCGGGGACGCUUUUGACGCAAAACAACAUGAUCUACGUGCCUCCAGGGCUCAUGCCUGGAUACCGCGGGCAUGUCCCCAAUGUGACAUUCUCCUUUGGCGACACAUACGGCAACGCUACCAUGAAAUACUUCCAGGAUUUCCGGAGCAAGGCCUUGGAUGCCAGCGGCACUCCUUAUGCAAAAGCGGGGCAGUUCCCCACGCUUUUCUCCCGGGACCCGGGCCUGGUCCUGUGUGCGAGGACCGAGGGCUGGGACCGGUGGCACCACACUCCCGUAUACUCCCGCUUCAACUUGGAUUUCAAUCGCUCGGAGGAGCUCAAGGAGUUUUACAAGCAAUCCCAGAGGCAUCGCCAACAUUAUCUGGACAAGACAGGGACGAUGCAUCGGGUGCCCUACUUCAUCAUCCCAGUGAAGGAGAGGGACAGAUACCCUCACCCUCUGGAUCUGUCUGAUUCCUUUUUCUAAGCACAUUUUCCUCUAAAAAAAAUACCCCAAACGACCCAGAAAAUCCCACUUUUUGGUCCUUCUUCAUCCUGACUUUCUCCCAAAGAUGUCAAGUGGAUGCUGUGAUGUUUUGUGAUUGAACUGCGGUCUGGAUCCCGCUCUGAGGUUGGGUUUGUUGGUGCCAGAGAACAAAGGAGGAGAUGUUUGGAAACCGAAGAAGGGCAAUUUCUGUGUGGGAUUGUUGUCAGGAGCAUGGGUCCUGCCGGGUUUAUUCUUCAUAUCCUGUAUGAUUUUGCUUGCAGUGACUAUGUAUUGUUAUGCACUGGGUGGUGGGUUUUGAUAUUAUGGUGUUUGCUUGCAUUUAGCUGGAGAAUUGCAUUUCUGUCGAAGGCUUUCAUGGCCGGAAUCACUGGGUUGUUGUAGGUUUUUUCUGGGCUAUAUGGCCAUGUUCUAGAGGCAUUUUCUCCUGACGUUUCGCCUGCAUCUAUGGCAAGCAUCCUCAGAGGUAGUGAGGUCUGUUGGAAGUAGGAAAAUGGGUUUAUAUAUCUGUGGAAUGACCAGGGUGGGACAAAGGACUCUUGUCUGCUGGAGCUAGGUGUGAAUGUUUCAACUGACCACCUUGAUUAGCAUAUAGUGGCCUGACAGUGCCUAGAGCAAACUUUUGUUGAGAGGUGAUUAGAUGUCCUUGUUUGUUUCCUCUCUGUUGUUGUGCUGUUGCAAUUUUAGAGUUUUUUUAAUACUGGUAGCCAGAUUUUGUUCAUUUUCAUGGUUUCCUCCUUUCUGUUGAAAUUGUCCA